AUGGUGAGCAGCCAGGGGCUUCCUGCUGACGCCCCAGAUGUGAAUCCUGGAGCUGCCCAGGAGGGGUCAGAGUCGCAGAGAUCAGGGGAGUCGCCCCCUCAUCAGGGGUCUGCCGGGAGCCCCGUUCUCGGGGAAACAGCGGAGGAGGGGGUCUCUGCCUCUGCAGGCCCCAGGAACCCAAGCCAGCAGACCUCCACGGCCACAUCUGUCACCAGCCACUCAUCCGCCCGCAGCGUGGCACCUGCGGCCUCCAACCGCCUGUGUGCGCAGCCCCCGCGUGAGCCACCCGGCGCAGGCGUGACGAGAAAGCGCUCGGCCCGGGCCAGGGAGGCCGAGGGGGAGGGAGAAGAACAGUCCCUUUUCUACAUGAGGGUCAGGGCCGUGAACGGCGUCUCGGUGGCCUGGGAGACCGGAGCCGGCUUUGGGGCCAUUAGGAAGCGCCCCCGCAUCUUUAAGGCCAAUUACACCGGAGGAGAAAGCUUUGCCGGGUCGGACCUGAGCAGCUCCCACACCAAGUCCGAGCUGGGGGAUGCGGACCCAGAGCCAGAGGGCGGCGCUGGGGGGCCAGCAGAGGAGGCUCCGCAGCCGCCGCGGGGCACGACCCCGGAGUGGCUCCUCACCACCGAGCAGGGCCUGCGGUGCCUGGCCUGCUGCCGAGUGUUCCCCAGCCUGGAGGCCCUGACCCAGCACGUGAAGCAGGGGCUGCGGGAAGGCUUCAGCUGCCGCGUCUACUACCGGGUGCUGGGGCGGCUCCGGGCGGGAGAGACGCCCCGGAGGAGCCGGCGCCACGGGGGCCGGGGACUCCAGCCACGCGGCCGCGAGUGCAGCGCGUGCGGGGGCGAGAUACGGCGCCCACGCAAGGCUGCCAGACAGGCCUGGCCAGGACGCGCCGGGGAGGAGCCCAGCAGCCGCCUGAGACCAGCGACGACUCUGCCAGCACAGCCCUGA